UUAUCUUCUAAGUUUUCCUGAUUAUUACUUUCAAAUUUUGAUCUACAUCAAUAUCAUAAAAAUUAACGUUUCGUUUCUAUUGAUAACUCGACAGAGCGCAAGCGCGCAUUAUUUCGAAAAAGUUAAAAUGUCCACCGAUGACAGGUCCUUUCUCUGAUGUUAUUUCGUAAUUAUUAAUUUAUAUUUCUGUAGUUAAUGUAGUUUUAAGUAGAAUUUUAAGUAAGGUCCGUAAAAUGUUAGGGGCACGAUGUAAAAAGGGAACAAAAAGGAGCGGAUAUCGCUUUUUCCUUAGGAAUUGAAAUGUUUCUGCAGGGUCGCGUUAUAAUUGUUUGGUUAUCUUGGCUUAUUGGCGGCGUUUGCGGAGUUGUUAUUUUGUUAAUAAUUAUAUGCUACUGUCGCCUAAUGCCGCGCCACCAGAAAUCUUUUGAUGAACAAUAUCUCAAAGAGAACUAUGCAAUCAAAGAAAAUCAUGCUUAUACGAGCCAGGAAAAUUAUAGAAUGAAGCAUACAGAGGUGCAGGUGCAGCGGCACAGCCGGCCGGCCAGCUACGCGGGCGACGCGGAGUGGCGCCGCAGCCGCGCGCCCCCGCGCCCCGAGCGCCCGCCCGCGCCCGCCCAGCAGUACGCUUCUAGCACCAUGCUGGACGAGCUGGACAGCGCGCAGAUGGACGCGCUGAAGACGCGCUCGCUGCCCGCCUUCCUGCGGCCCAAGCCGCGCCCGCUGUCCACCGAGGACGACCUGCAGCAGCUCUACGCCAAGGUGAACCUGAGUAAGAAGUACAAGAACCGUAUGCGCAGCGAGCACGCGGCCAUCAUCGCGCUCAGCAAGUCGCACAGCCAGUUCUUUGAUGCUGACGCCGUCAUCGUCUACGACCAGCGCACCGCGCUCUAAACCACGCCCCCUUGCGCCAUUGCUACUGACAGACCGCAUUUGAAAUAUACUGCUGAACGUAAGCCUAAAUACCACAAUAAGUACAGCAUGUACAACAAAGACAACACCAUCGAAUCAUAUAGUAAGGGUUGACAAUAAAUAACGGCGAUAACUGAACCUAAUAUGUACUGUCCGAACGACAUCAAAUCAAGAUUAACACUGU